CAAUACACACUUCUUGAAUACUCCUCACCCACCGUCUCUCAGUCAGCUGCCGGCUUUAUAUCCUCGCCUUCUGUUUUCCGGCAACGCCCCAGGCCGGCGGUUCAUUCAUUCCCUUAUUAGCUUUGUGAAAAUGGUGACGGUGGAGGAGGUGAGGAAGGCACAACGGGCGGAGGGUCCGGCCACGAUCUUGGCCAUCGGCACCGCCACGCCGCCCAACUGCGUCGACCAGAGCACUUACCCUGAUUAUUAUUUCCGCAUCACUAACAGCGACCACAUGACUGAUCUCAAAGAAAAGUUCAAGCGCAUGUGCGAGAAGUCAAUGAUCAACAAGCGUUACAUGUACUUGACGGAGGAAGUGUUGAAAGACAAGCCCAGCAUGUGCGAGUACAUGGCGCCCUCCCUGGAUGCCAGGCAGGACAUUGUGGUGGUAGAAGUCCCAAAGCUCGGAAAAGAAGCGGCCCAAAAGGCCAUCAAGGAAUGGGGCCAGCCCAAGUCCAAAAUCACCCAUCUGGUCUUCUGCACCACCAGCGGCGUCGACAUGCCCGGCGCCGACUACCAGCUCACCAAGCUCCUCGGCCUCAAGCCCUCCGUCAAGCGGCUCAUGAUGUACCAGCAGGGCUGCUUCGCCGGCGGCACCGUCCUCCGCCUCGCCAAGGACCUCGCCGAGAACAACCGUGGCGCUCGGGUUCUCGUUGUCUGCUCCGAGAUCACCGCCGUCACUUUCCGCGGGCCCAGCGACACCCACUUGGACAGCCUGGUGGGCCAGGCCCUCUUCGGGGAUGGGGCCGCGGCGAUCAUAAUUGGGUCGGACCCGGUCCCGGACGUGGAGAGGCCCUUGUUUGAGCUCGUGACCGCCGCCCAGACUCUCCUGCCCGACAGCCACGGGGCAAUCGACGGGCACCUUCGCGAGGUGGGCCUGACGUUUCAUCUCCUGAAGGACGUCCCCGGGAUCAUAUCAAAGAACAUAGAGAAGAGUCUCAAGGAAGCCUUUCAACCUCUGGGAAUCUCGGACUGGAACUCCCUCUUCUGGAUCGCCCACCCGGGUGGGCCGGCAAUACUGGACCAGGUGGAAGCGAAGUUGGGCCUGAAGCCCGAGAAGCUCCGGGCCACGAGGCACGUGUUGAGCGAGUAUGGGAACAUGUCCAGUGCUUGUGUGCUGUUCAUAUUGGACGAGAUGAGAAAGGCCUCGGCGGAAGAUGGGCUUAGCACCACCGGUGAAGGGCUCGAGUGGGGAGUCCUGUUUGGAUUUGGGCCGGGCCUCACCGUUGAGACCGUUGUUCUCCACAGCGUUUCCACUAAUUAAUUCCGCCAAUUUGUGUUUCAGUUAAGUUAAGCUGUUGGUC